CAAUCCACGAAUCGUGGCUCUCGUGUAUGCACACUUCGUGAGAAGCAUAGAGAUGUCAAACAUUCUCUUUGUUGGUUCGUCGCGUGUCCGGCAUGCAAAGUCUGCGUUCUGAGGCACUCAUGGAUUUCGAGAUCUGAUCCAGGUUGAUCCAGGCCAUUUUAGAAAAAAAGCCACUCGCAACUCUUAAACGCUUCCACACGGUCUGCCAUUUUCUUUUCUAAUAGACUUACAAGGCGGCUUUGCGUUUUGAUUGAUCUUUCUUUCCGGCAGAGGCACCCUAGUAUCUUCCAACCCUUUUCAAUCAUUCCUUUCAGUACGAUCUUUCUUUAGGACCACACAAAGGACUUCCUGAUAAACGUUUGUCGCCUCUUGUUUGGAAAUGCCGCAAAGGGAUUUGACAUUCAACCGAAACCCGGAUUUGGUGGCCGAGGACAACGGCCAAAACCCAUUUGAAUCGGAGCUGGACGGCUCUCGCAGCGCCUCUGGUCUGUCGCUCAACUCCUUGCUGAACGACGAGAGAAAUAACCGAGAAGAGUAUGGCCAAAGCUAUGGUGCGUAUGCCGGCGACGACUCGCAAAACGGCACCCACCUGAACUUGUUGCUGCACAACACCUCGCGGGAAGAAUACGGACUGUCUGCGGGGCCGCAGAAUACCGGCAAUUUCCCCUCUGAAUUUGAACGGUAUCCCUCGAUGGCGACGUCUCGUGUGGUGUCGUCUGCCUCCUUGGCCUCGCAAUUGCACAACUUGCCUCCAAACGAGAGCUCGUUGAGCCCCGAUGAUUCCUCGGCAAGAUCUGCGGAUCCGUUGGGUACCAACAUCGACUUCUCGCCGUUUGGCGGGUACCCGGCGCUGUCAUUCCCGUUGCACAUCGACGAGAAGGAGGAGGACGACUUCUUGCACAACCCGGACCCGAUCGCGGACGCCGAGUAUGAGAAAAACCGGUUCAUGCAUGACAUGAAGCACAUGGACCGCCGGUCUUUCUACGGGUUGUUGGGCUUCAUUGUGUUUUUCAUCUUUGCUGUCAUGAUCUUUGUUGUCUUGCCAGUCUUGACGUACACAGGCAUCACGGAAGGAUACACGGCGGAGUCGUACGAGGUCUUGACGUCGUACGAGUACCCGCUUUCCGCGGCCAUCCGCACCAGUUUGAUCGACCCAGACACGCCCUCCAGUGCACGGACAAAGACCAGCAUCACCGGCGAGGAGUGGGUGCUCACGUUUUCCGACGAGUUCAACGCCGAGGGGAGAACCUUCUAUGAUGGCGACGACCAGUUCUUCCAGGCAGUGGACAUGAACUAUGCUGCCACCAAGGACCUCGAGUGGUACGACCCCGAUGCGGUCACCACUGCCAACGGAACUUUGGUCUUGAGAAUGGACGCAUACGAAAACCACGACUUGUACUACCGCUCGGGGAUGGUGCAGUCGUGGAACAAGCUCUGCUUCACGCAAGGCAUGAUUGUUGUCUCGGCCAUGUUGCCCAAUUAUGGUAAUGUAUCAGGUUUGUGGCCUGGUCUCUGGACCAUGGGCAACUUGGGGCGGCCCGGAUAUUUGGCCACGGCCGAAGGCGUGUGGCCGUACUCGUACGAUAGCUGUGACGCCGGAAUCACGGCCAACCAGUCGUCGCCGUACGGAAUCUCGUACUUGCCUGGCCAGAAGUUGAACAAGUGCACGUGUGCCGGCGAAGACCACCCCAACCGAGGAACCGGCCGUGGCGCUCCGGAAAUCGAUAUUCUUGAAGGUGCGGUGGACACCACCAUCAAAGUCGGGGUGGCCUCCCAGUCGCUCCAGGUGGCACCCAUGGAUAUCUGGUAUAUGCCCGACUAUAACUUCGUGGAGAUUUACAACAGCGAGGUGACCACCAUGAACACCUAUGCCGGAGGCCCGUUCCAGCAGGCCGUGUCUGCAACUUCGACACUCAACGUGACGUGGUACCAGUACGGCGACCACGACCACGACUACCAAAACUUCGGGUUUGAGUACUUGAACGACGACGACACCGGCCACUUGACGUGGUAUGUGGGCGACAACGCCACGUUCUCCAUCACCUCGUACGCCUUGGGCCCAAACGGAAACAUUGGAUUCCGGCAUCUCUCCAGAGAGCCCAUGUCCAUCAUCAUGAACUUGGGUAUUUCCAACAACUGGGCGUACAUCGACUGGCCGUCCAUCCAAUUCCCCAGCAUGAUGCACGUGGAUUACGUCAGAGUAUACCAACCAGAGGACGACAUCAACAUGACCUGCGAUCCGGAUGACUACCCAACCGCAGACUAUAUUUCCGACCACGCCAACGCAUACGCCAACGAAAAUUUGACGUCGUGGGAAGAUGCCGGGUAUACUUUCCCCAAGAACUCACUUAUUUAUGAUUGUUAGAGUGAGUGCAAGACGAUUGCCAUGAUUUGGCGGUAAAGCCCGAUCCGUGGGAAUGAACAUUUGAAGAAGGACAUUACAGGGAAGGCGCUGGCCGGUGCUAGGCCAAUGCUUAGUAGUGCUGGGCCAAUGCUUAGUAGUGCUGGGCUGAAAAGCCAUUGGAAUCGCGACAUCAGCAUAUCAACGACGAAGUCGCAUUUC